UUAAUCUUUAAACACAUUGAACGGCAAUUCUAUUAUUCUGCGUUUUGUGUGUGUGUGUGUGUGUGUGUGUGUGUGAAGUAUGUGAAGUAUGUGAAGUGUGUGACCGUCGUCAGUCGCACGUGUGACCUCUGUCCCAGUGACAGAUGCGCGUUGUAACAAUGGCAGAAAUUGACUGGCCCUGGCAAUAUAGUUUUCCACCGUUUUUUACACUUCAACCUCACGCGGAUACCCGGUCCAAGCAAAUUGCAGCUUGGAGGAGCCUGGUGCUCGAGUAUUAUCGCACCACGAAGCAGGCCGUCAUAGACGUGCGGGAGGUAGACACAAAUCCUGUGUUCAAUAACACUGCCAUCAAUCGAAAACUACCAUCAGAGACAAUCUUACUGAUAUUGGAGGAAUUGAGAAAAUCAGGUAAUGCCACCCCAUUGGACAAGACCAAACAGAGGUGGUUGGUUUAUUGGCAUACUUUGGAAGAAUGGGGUGAUAUAAUGUACAACUGGGCACAGGAGAAUGGUUUUAUCGGAUCGGUAUGCACAUUGUUUGAAUUGACACAAGGAGAAGAUACUUCUGAGCAAGAAUUUCAUGGUCUUGACACAGAAGUAUUAAUCAGAUCACUCAGGACGCUGGAGGCUGCAAAGAAAGCUGAGCUCAUCUUAUUCGAUGAUAAUCAAGGUGUUAAAUUUUUCUAGUCCCUAUAAAUUACACAAUGUAAUCUACAAUUAUCAAUAUCUGCUCUCCAUAGUGAGAGACAAAGGAGGAAUUGCAAGAUUUUUCAUGAAUUAAAUCGAUUAUAUCUCUAUAGUUAAAUGCAAACAUUUAUUUAAUAUAUUAGUAAUACAUAUUUUUCCGUUUUCAUAAAUAAACAAACCAAAAUCGCUUAUUAACGCUAAGCACGUAUGAUGUUCAAAUGCGAUGAUAAAUUACAUUGUGAUAGAAGAUUUCGAGCAUACAAACUUAAUACGUUGAGAUAUGUGAAUCGUAUACAAUACAUAACAUUGCUCGAAGCAGAAAAACAUAGAAACAAG